AUGCCGCUCCUGGUCCAGCUCUCCCACCACUUGGGCCAUACGCCUCGAGGCAUAGGCAACCAGAUGAGGUACUAUGAGAAGCGGGGAGCCGCAGCCAAGCGACGCAGGCCAUAUUCUGAUGAUAGCGACGUGUGCAGUGGCUCCAACAAGUUUGUUCGCGAGUCAAGGAACCCUUCUUCUCCCACUCAGAAGGGUAGGCAAUUAAGCAUUGAAGGGGAAAAGCCUUCCAAUCCUCUGGAAUCGGUAAACUCAGACCGAAAGAACGACUCCGGAAAAGGUCUCAUUACAAGAUCAAAACUUGAGCCUCGUCAUGCUUUUAUCAAUUACAACAGCGAGAGGCUGGCUAUGAACGACGCCCUACAAGAGCAAGAUCUCCGCGAGCAACCGGACAAAGCUUCAAUCAAAAGGCAGCGGAUAUCCUGGUUCCCAGCUGUGAAAGGUCAGAAAGGACAACUGACGAAGAUGAAAAUGCAUCAAGGAAUCUCCAUCAAGGGAAGAUAUUGCUGCCGAGUCUGCAAUCCCUAA